AUGGACCCAGACACGUGUGGCCAUUCGGGUGCGGUGGGACCAACACGGCGCGGUGCCAUGUGCGAGGUGCCGAACAGACGGCAGUGCGAUUGCCAGUUGCACGUUAGCAGCGCCGAAGGCCUUACAGAAGUCUGCUCACUGCAGGCCCGCCGCAGCUGGCAGCGCUACAGACGCCAUGCUCGGGGCAGACUUUCACCAGACGCGACUCUAAAACGCCCCGACAACGACGCCGUUGGACGGAUUUCACGCACGGCCGGCCGAUCGAAACGUGCCAGACGCCGCCGGGAACCUGCGCCUGCACCUUGUGUUGAUGAUGAGAGCCUCCUCGCCGUCUGCAGCACGCACAAGACGACCGCCGCACACCUCACCACUGCGCGCAUCACGCCCAUCAUGCCUCUGUUUGUCCGGCGUCGUCUCGCUAACCAGCAGCUGCCAGGAUCGGCGGGUCCUGCAACUGCCGAUGGCGACCACCCCUCGUCAGAACGCACCACUUCACGCUGUCACCACCGCCUUUUUCGCCCGUACAGGACGAGACGAUUGAGCGACAGGAGUGCAGCCACGCCGUCUAUGCAAGGCCUUCACCAUACCGCAGCACCUACGUGCCGCACGCUGCCUGGAGCCAGCACCGCUCGGGGGCACAGACGACUCCAUGCCCUGCUCUGGUCGCGAUGCUAA